AUGGUUGUGGGAGGUCAACAACACAUGACAGGUCAACAACACAUGACAGGUCAACAACACAUAACAGGUCAACAACACAUUACAGGUCAACAACACAUGCCAGGUCAACAACACAUGAGAGGUCAACAACACAUGACAGGUCAACAACACAUGACAGGUCAACAACACAUGACAGGUCAACAACACAUGCCAGGUCAACAACACAUGAGAGGUCAACAACACAUGCCAGGUCAACAACAUGAGAGGUCAACACACAUGACAGGUCACCAACACAUGAGAGGUCAACAACACAUGACAGGUCAACAACACAUGAGAGGUCAACAACACAUGACAGGUCAACAACACAUGACAGGUCAACAACACAUGACAGGUCAACAACACAUGACAGGUCAACAACACAUGACAGGUCAACAACACAUGAGAGGUCAACAACACAUGACAGGUCAACAACACAUGAGAGGUCAACAACACAUUACAGGUCAACAACACAUGUCAGGUCAACAACACAUGAGAGGUCAACAACACAUGACAGGUCAACAACACAUGACAGGUCAACAACACAUGACAGGUCAACAACACAUGCCAGGUCAACAACACAUGAGAGGUCAACAACACAUGACAGGUCAACAACACAUGACAGGUCAACAACACAUGAGAGGUCAACAACACAUGACAGGUCAACAACACAUGAGAGGUCAACAACACAUGACAGGUCAACAACACAUGACAGGUCAACAACACAUGACAGGUCAACAACACAUGACAGGUCAACAACACAUGAGAGGUCAACAACACAUGAGAGGUCAACAACACAUGACAGGUCAACAAGCACAUGACAGGUCAACAACACAUGACAGGUCAACAACACAUGACAGGUCAACAACACAUGAGAGGUCAACAACACAUGACAGGUCAACAACACAUGACAGGUCAACAACACAUGACAGGUCAACAACACAUGAGAGGUCAACAACACAUGACACUCCCGGCAACUUCCGGUUCUCCAGGUAA